UGGAGGACCAGUAUUGAGCUGUGUUUCGGGUGUAUUUGUGUGUGACUGUGGAAACAUGUCGGCAAGGAUGGUGCACACCGGAGGACCCGUGUCAAUGAAAUCCACCAAAACUUAAAGAACCAGUGCAAAUUGUGCAAUUUCACCCUAUAAAGAAUUGGGCAAACGCCGGCGACCAGUUUUACGAUUGUGUUAUCGGUCUACUGACUCGUGCGUUUUAUUCAGUGGCAGAAUUAUCCAAAACGAAUGUUGGAAGAAUAUAGUCUCCAAAAGUAGACACGGGACGUCGAAAGUGGAGAGAAGGUCUCGGCAGGUAGAGACGGCCGCUCGCUCUUGGAAUGUUAUCCGUACUCUCCUAUGGCAGACUGGUUGCGAGGGCUGUCCUUGGCGGACUCUCUCAAACUGAUGGUCGGGACUACAGUCUGGUCACCGCUAGCUGCGGAUUUGGGAAAGACUUUCGUAAGGGGAUCUUGAAGAAAGGGAUGUGUUACGGGGAUGACGCUUGUUUCAUUGCCCGGCAUAGGUCCGCUGAUGUCUUGGGUGUGGCGGAUGGUGUAGGUGGAUGGAGGGACUACGGGGUGGACCCGUCCCAGUUCUCUGCCACCCUGAUGAGGACAUGUGAGCGACUGGUGAAGGAGGGCCGCUUCACCCCCAGCAGCCCUGUGGGCAUCCUCACCUCUGGCUACUAUGAGCUCCUACAAAACAAAGUACCCUUGCUUGGUAGCAGCACAGCAUGUAUUGUGGUCCUGGACCGAAGGAGCCACCAACUGCACACGUGUAAUCUAGGGGACUCUGGUUUCCUGGUGGUGCGAGGGGGAGAGGUGGUGCACCGCUCGGACGAACAGCAGCACUACUUCAACACCCCUUUCCAGCUGUCCAUCGCUCCCCCAGGGGCAGAGGGAGUGGUACUCAGUGACAGCCCUGAGGCCGCUGAUAGCGCCUCCUUCGAUGUCCAGCUGGGUGACAUCAUCCUGACCGCCUCGGAUGGCCUCUUCGACAACAUGCCCGACUACAUGAUCCUGCAAGAGCUCAAAAAGCUCAAGAGCGCCAAUUAUGACAGCAUCCAGCAGACGGCACAGAGCAUUGCAAAGCAAGCACACGAACUGGCCUAUGACCCCAACUACAUGUCUCCUUUCGCUCAGUUUGCCUGUGACAAUGGCCUGAAUGUAAGAGGGGGGAAGCCUGAUGACAUCACGGUGCUGCUGUCCAUUGUGGCAGAAUACACAGACUAAGUGUGUGUGAUGCUUAUUGGAACCGUUUACUUCCCGCCAUUCAAGUCUUCCACCUGCCUCCUUCUCAAGUGCACUGGUUCCUGUCGGACGGACUGCAGCCCCCCCCCCCCCAUAUAUCCCCUCACUGACCUUCCUAUCUCACCGCCACAACAUGGAACACAAACUCCUCACCACAGAAUGUAGCUCGAUCUGUAUUCUUCCAUUUUGUUUUGGUACUGUAUUAGUGAGAGGAGGCAGGCAGCUAAGACUUUCUCGUGUGAAUUGUAAUGCACACGGUGUAGAACAGCACACUGCUUUCUUCCCCUUCUCCCAUAUCUUAUUUCAAAACAUCACUUAAUUGGGACUGAGACCGAAGUGCAGUCCUGAAUGCAAGGGGGGGGGUUGCUUUUGCGGGGAGGGACCCGAUACGGGGAUAGAGUUGGGCUUGGUCACCCUGAAACAAGCAGUGGUAUUAUAAGUAAAGUAAGCCAUGGUUUGUGGUUGUUAGGGAGAUUUGAAUGUCUGUGUUGUAAAUGUCGUAGCUGCGUGAUGAUCUGUUCCAAGGUUUCUAUGUGUGUGGCUGGAUACUAAGACUGGGGAAUUGAGCAACUGUGUUGUUGUGGGUUUUAGAGAGGGUUGUGACUUGUAAUAAGAAAGGAUAUAGAUACAGUACGAGUUUGGUGUUGUUGUCUUGGACUUGUAUGAAGGGGUAGCUGGCCAGUACCAUUUACUAGCGCCUCUAGCAGGGAUUUCUCCAGAGUGCCACCUAUAGGCUAGUCUGAAAUGUCACCACAUUGAGGUCACUGAACAGUUCUGUCGGUGCACACAGCCGCAUGGAUUUGUAAAUAUUGUUUGUUGUGAAACAAGGCAGUGUGUCUUCACUUUGACGCUGAUAAGGAUGCAAAGGAUGAUCAUUUUGCUUUGUGACAGAUGUGUACGAACGAGCAUUCACAAUCUAUAAAGGUAAAUAUUCUCAAUCCCUCCCUUCCGUGGGCCGAAAGAACCACGACAUUGACAUGGACACGUUUGACCCGGUAAUAGUGUCAGAACUAUGACAGCACGUCUUUGUCGACGUGUGUGCACUAAGUGGGUGUAGGUUCUUGUCUGAAUGUCUUUGCUGUUGAUACGUGUUAACUUGCGAAGCUAAUGCUAGCAUCUGGGAAUGCUUUCAACCGUACCAAUAGGGCAGGUAUGAAUUAUAUAUAUAAAAAAACAAAGAUUUAUUUUUAUAACUUUAAUGUUAUUAGUUUGAGAGCCAUGAUGUGACGGUUGAAAUGUGUCAUCAAACAUAUGGAUUCACCGUGUGAUUCUUUUGUGACGCCUUAUAUAGCUCCAUGGAUGGCAAAUAUUAAUCAUACCAUCUUACUACUCAGUAGGAAUCAUACCAUCUUACUACUCAGUAGGAAUCAUAUGUGGUCUGUGUGGUGGGUGUGUCAUCUCUAAAAAAUAUUUUUUCUAGAUCUGUUCUGUCUCCCAAUAAUGAUUUAUUUGCUGCUUUUAUUUUAUCGGUUCAAUGUGUUUGACUGUACAUUAUUUAUGUGAAUGGUGUGCGCGCCAUUUAGUUAUUUUUGAUCAUCCUGUACUGGUCUUGGCAUGCUGUUGGUUUUUCUGCAUAAUAGCAGAAUACACACACCUCUCUUCAUUGUUAGCCAGUGUUUGUUCUGUUAUGAUUAUGAAGCCAGUGCACCAAAGAGGAGUAUUCACUAUCUUUGCCCCAUUGAUUUCAUCUGGGUUUGGAGUAAAACAUGCACCAAUACUGUAACAUAAAAUGUCUCUAUAUUUUCACAUUGAGAGCAUAUCUGUCAAUCCGUUUGACAGGUAAUCUGUCAUUUUGCUUGUGGGGAAUGAUGCCCAGUUGUAUUUUCGGUGCAAAACAGUCAGAAGACCACUAAGGUGUCUCUUUAUUUGUGCCUAAAAUGCAAUGUGACCAGAACAGGGGCUUGGUUGUAUUGGCAUCUCUAGUUCUAUGUGACAGGUAGUCUGUGAGCAACAAACUACAAUGCAGGCUUUUGAAUCCUUAAAGAAACCAAAGAAGGAGAGCCAAACUUCACAAGCAUGACCAGGGUACAUUUUUUUCCCUAAUCUAAAACCUACAGUCAGGCUAACAUGGCGUAAUGGAGACCAAUUAAGUUGUCACUAUUUAUCAUCUUGCGUAGUUUUGCAUAAAAAUAAUUUGAAAGAACAUCAAGCAACCAUACAGGCAAGAUCAAUGGGUACAAUUAAAUGUAUGUUUGUGUACUAAAUACUAUUUCAAUUUGGUUUAAGUUAAUUUUCUGUAGCCUUUGACUUCAUUUCAUGAAUAUCGUCUGUCCUAUGCAUUCUGUAUUUGCAUGACAAGCUGUCUUUGUCCCAGCUAUUUGAACUACUGGAAUUUGCUUACCUGCAAAGGUGCCACUGUCGCUCACAGCUUGCCUCGCCUCCAAAUGUCUGAUCAACUCCCCUUAAUUUAAAGGUUGUCCUUCAAACACUUAAAACAUGCACCGACGUUCAUUGGUUAUUCUCAUGUUUCCAGUUUGCUCUUUCCGCCAGUCUGUGGGGGUGCACUGUGUUAAUGAAUAAUUACCUAAUCUGAUUUUGAGACAGUCAACGUCUAUGGUUUAAGGAGACACUGUGUUGAAGCAGGAAGGGCGAUGCAGGUUGAAGUGCUUUUUAUUGAUAAUGGUGAGCACCGAUUCCGCCUUAACAAAUAGAUGUAUCUUGUAUGUUGCUCAAUGUCAAUUAAGUCCCUCUAAUUCUGUCCACGCUCUUGACAGUUUUUCAAUGGUGCUUCUGCUGUCAAGACGAGGUCUGUGUGUUUUUCUCUAAGCAAUGUUUGUGAGUAUGAAAGCUACACGUGUGUGCGCAGUGUAAUAAUGCAGGACUAGGUUCUGUAAAUGUGUUUUCAAAGUUGCAAAAUAUUUAAAUAAAGAAUAUAGUAUUUAUACUAA